GCAAAGCACCCUGCAGCUAUCAAAGGAAAGACGAUUAGGCCAAAAGACCUGAGUAAUUUAAUUGUUAAUGACAAAUACAAAGUCAUCUACUGCUAUAUUCCCAAGGUUGCCCGUACUCAAUGGAAGCGUACUUUUCUUGCACUUGAAAACCAAACCAAAGUGACGAAGACGAAAAGAACGAACACGAUCAAAAAAAAUUCAUUUUGCUUAGAGGAUAUUCCGUCGAGGAUAUCAAAAUGAGGCUGCAAUCUUACUAUAAGUUUCUGUUUGUUCGGGAGCCCUUCGAGAGGCUUUUGUCAGCGUAUGAAAACAAGUUUGUAAAACGGCAAUGGCCAUGGCGUUAUAUUUUUAAGUUCGAGAGGGACAUUUAUGAAAAAUUCAGUCAAGUUGAUCCUAGCGCUGGCUGGAAUGUGACAUUCAAGAGAUUUGUUUAUUUCUUGAACGAUUUUAGAUUUCAUCAAAAUGACCACUGGGCACCUAACGCACGACUUUGUCUCCCAUGUGACAUAGAAUACGAUUUUAUCGGCCAUUUUAAAGACAUGCCGGAAGAAGCUGCUUACAUCCUGAAAAAAACUGGAAUGGAUAAGGAGGUUGCCUUUCCUGAAUUUGUUACCCACAAUACAAAAGGUAAACUGCUUCAAAAAUAUGCACCAGUUCCCAGAGAGAAGAUUGCAGAACUGGCCAAGGCCUUUGAAGAAGACUUUGAAAUGUUUAAUUUUGAUUUCCCAGGACCUCUUUUAAGCCUCUUAAGAGAUUAUUUGGAUUGA